CCUGCGUGUUAUGAGUGUAGAAAUUACUUUGUCCAUUGUAUUAUUGUUAUAUUACAAGGAUUAAUUAUGUUCAGUUAGUAAUGUAGAGACUGAGUUUUUUCGAACUUCUGUGAGGUCCCAAGUGUUAUUUUAACCGUCACAUAAAUCGCGGACUGUAUAAUUCCCUGAAAAUCUAUCAAUGAAUUGAUACUACUCAUUAGAAAGUACCAGCCUACUAUCCACAAUGGAGUAAUGAUUCUUAAAUAUUGAGGAUUUCGAGCUUCAAACUCCUGCAACGGAGUCUUUUGAGGCGAAUCACUGGCUUUAAUAAUGGGUUCUAGACAUAUACCAGCUGACAAGAUUAAUUUGCGCUUGAUCUUAGUCAGCGGCAAAACGAAAGAAUUCAUUUUCAGUCCCAGUGAAUCAGCAGGUGACAUAGCACAGCAUGUGUUUGACAAUUGGCCAGAUGAUUGGCGUCAUGAGGCUGUUUCAAAGGCUGAAAUUUUGCGACUCAUUUAUCAGGGUCGUUUCCUACACAGUAACGUAACACUUGGGGCUCUGGGGCUUCCUUUCGGUAAAACAACUGUAAUGCAUCUGGUCCCCAGGGAAAAUCUACCUGAGCCUAAUUCCCAAGAUCAAAGGCAGAAGAGUAAAGGUGGCAGCAGUAGCUGCUGUUCAGCGUCUUGCUGCAUCUUGUAAAUAAAAUCGAAAAAUUUCUAAAUUUAAUUCUCUACAAUAUUUAUAUCUUAUGAUAAACGGUAAGGAGAACUGUUCAGGAUGACGAGCGAAAUUUUGAUAUAAAGAGGUAGGAUGUAAAAAAACAACGUCGCGGCGCUUAGUGUGCAUGGGGAGAGAAUGAUGCGAGGACGGAAACGAAAUAAUGUACAAGAAAUAUAUGGACACUUCGGAUUUUCUGUAAUGUUGUGAUAUCAGUGUGUAAAUGAACGACGAUGAUGACUGUGCACAUAAAUAGAUUUAAUUUAAUUUCGAAAAGUUAGGUCACAUCUGAAGUGAUUCACAUUUUCAGAAUAUACAAACUAAUUUUAUCGCUGGACAAUUAAUUUUCAUUUGUUUAUGUGCUAAGUCCUUUCAUGUUGGGGUGUUAUGUUUUUAUUUUAUAGACGAAUUUUUUCAUACUCAUUAUCUUUAAUGUGAUUCAGCUAGCAGGGUGAUUCUUUUGCCGGUUUUUAGUAUUAUUUAGUGAUCUCAAAAAAUUAUAGGAAAAAAAUUCUUCAAUUUUUAUUCGUCGAAUUUGAUUAAGUAUUCUUGCAUAGUUUUGCCGUCUCGAAAUUUUAGCAUGAAAAAUUUUAUUUGGAGGGGGUGUGUAACGUAAUUUUUUUUUGAGAAUCACUUUGAUUUUGAGCGAAUGAAUGCCCUGUUAAUGCAAUUUUACUGUAUUUAUGUAAAUAUUCACAACUAUUUGUUUUUUAUUGAAUCAAGUUUUAUCCAUUGUUUUCUAAUCAUCACAAACGCCAAGUUUGAAAAGGAAUCCCAGUUAUAUAUUAUGAUCGAUGUGGCAAAAAUUAAAUAAAGGCGAAUUUAUGUUUUAUCGGAUCUUGGAAGUUGUUUUUCACUCAUAUAAAUCUCGCGAAAUUUUUGCUUUUUUGCCUUAAUUUGACCAGACAAUGAAUUGAGAUAUCCUCACAUUGUAAAAAAAUGCUUUAAUGGAAUGAAUUGUGCAAUGUCUGACAUCAAUUUAAUGAGGCAUAGUGAGACUUCUGAGACAUCCAUUGCAAUAUUUCAGUGUCUGAAUAGAUUCUUGGAAUGAAUAUUUGAAACACUUAGGUUUAUCAAGCAAGUAUUUUUGAAUAAAGUACAAGUUAUGAUUCGAAUAAAUUAUUUUUAUUGAAAUAAUGAUUGAUAACUACCACGAAAUGAAAGAAUUUCACAGGAAUUGAGUUAGAUUGUUCUUAAUUGAAUAGAAUUUCAUUUUGUGAGCAGGUGAAUACUGCAAUAUUAAUCAUUUUGGCAAAAUUUCCAGGAAGUGGUACUCUAUGUUGAUUUCUUGAUAUAGAUUGAUAUGAUUACAAAAAGUGUAGAAAAUAUAAAAUUACAAAAUAUAACUAAUGCUAAGAGUUUUUAAGGAAAGAUGUAUAUAAUACCUAUUGAUGUUAACUAGCCAUUUUAUGUAUCCAUUUAAUUUAAUUUCUAUAUCUUGUAAAUUAUAGUAGAUAUUUUAUUUAUUUUUAUUCAAGUUUUGAACUUAAGUACAACUUAAUCUCGGUGUUUUCAAGAUUAUUUUGCCUUUUCAUACUCGAAAUUUUUAUCUUGGUAACUUGGAUCUUUACUUUGGCUUUAAUAAACCUAAUAAUAAAUUUUCAUAUAUUUUUUUUCUGAAA